UUCCCACCACAAAUUCGCUCGAUAUUCAUGAAUUUCGUCAAAUUCGCCCGGGGUCCCAUUUUGACGUUCAAACCGUCUGGUAAACCCUGCGUGCAGGGGAGAGGUUUAUAUAUACCCCCCACACGCCUCCGCAUCCUUCGCCACCAUCACCAGCAGCAGCAGCAGCAGCAAAGCCUUUCCAUCCAUCGCCGGCGAUCAGAGGCGAUCGAGAGAGAGUGAGAGAGAGAGAUGGCGGCGGCGAGGAGCGUGGGGAUGGAGGCGGAGGUGGCGGCGCUGCGGGGGAGGUUCGCGGCGGGGGGGACGCGGGGCGCGGAGUGGCGGGCGGCGCAGCUCCGCGGGAUCCUGCGGAUGGCGGCGGAGGCGGAGGCGGAGGUGUGCCGCGCCCUCCACGCCGACCUCGCCAAGCCCUACACCGAGUCCUACGUCCACGAGAUUGCGCUGGUGAAGUCGUCCUGCAAGUUUGCCCUCAAGAAUCUGAAGAAAUGGAUGAAGCCCCAAAAGGUCACUGCUCCGCUUAUGACGUUCCCGUCGACGGCGAGGGUGGCGGCGGAGCCACUCGGCGUCGUGCUCGUCAUCUCGGCCUGGAACUACCCUUUCUUGCUGUCGAUCGACCCGAUCAUCGGAGCGAUCGCCGCCGGCAACGCCGUGGUGCUGAAGCCGUCGGAGGUGGCGCCGGCGACCUCGUCGCUGCUGGCCGAGCUGCUGCCGCGCUACGUCGACGGCAGCUGCAUCAAGGUCGUCGAGGGUGGCGUCGCCGAAACCACCACCCUGCUCGAGCAGAAAUGGGACAAGAUCUUCUACACAGGGAAUGGCAAGGUAGGACGCAUCGUGAUGGCGUCGGCGGCGAAGCACCUGACGCCGGUGGUCCUGGAGCUCGGCGGAAAAUGCCCGGUUGUUGUCGACUCUAAUGUCAACCUCCAUGUUACUGCCAAGAGGAUAGCCGCCGGGAAAUGGGGUUGCAACAAUGGGCAGGCCUGCAUUUCUCCUGAUUUCAUCAUAACAACAAAAUCAUUCGCCCCAAAGCUGCUGGAGGCUCUAGAGAAAGUUUUGGAGAAGUUCUACGGGAGGGACCCGCUGCGAUCAUCUGACUUGUCGCGAAUUGUGAAUUCCAACCAUUUUAACCGGCUGAAGAAGCUGAUGGACGAUGAAAAUGUCUCUGAUAAGAUCGUGUUCGGAGGUCAGAGAGAUGAACAUCAGCUAAAGAUAGCCCCUACAAUCUUCAUGGAUGUUCCUCUUGAUUCAGGGAUCAUGAAGGAGGAAAUCUUUGGCCCCUUGCUUCCUAUCAUAACGGUUGAUAAGAUCCAUGAGAGCUUUGCUCUCAUCAACUCCAUGACAAAGGCACUUGCAGCCUACCUCUUCACCAAGGACAGCAAGCUCCAGGAACAAUAUGAGGCAGCCAUCUCUGCAGGAGGAAUGCUUGUCAACGACACAGCCGUCCACCUAACAAACCAGUACCUACCUUUUGGAGGAGUUGGGGAGAGCGGCAUGGGAGCCUACCAUGGCAGGUUCAGCUUCGAGGCCUUCAGCCACAAGAAGGCCGUGCUGGUCCGCCGCUUCGCCGGCGAGGCGGCGGCGAGGUACCCGCCGUACUCGCCGGCGAAGCUCAAGAUCCUCAGGGGAGUGCUCAAGGGCAACCUGGGAGCCAUGAUCAAGGCUAUCUUGGGGUUUCCAAGAGGGAAAUGAAAUCUUAUGUCCUCAGCAAUGUAUAUUUCACCAUGAUAAAAGAUGUAUGCUGUAUGUUUUCUCGAUGAAGAGAACAUUUCAGUGCAGUUGUGGGUAUAAAAUAAAUAUGUAUAGUAGGAUUGGCAGAUGUAAUUUUAUAUGGAUGAUGACCAAGUUAUCUGGUAAUAAAGGAAGAAGAUCUGGAAGCAGAUGAUCCAAAUAAACUA